CGCCGCCCGUGGCCGUGGCCGUGCCCGGCGCGGAGCCCUGGCCAUGUCGAUGCUGCCUUCCUUCGGCUUCACGCAGGAGCAGGUCGCCUGCGUCUGCGAAGUGCUGCAGCAAGGGGGGAACCUGGAGAGGCUGGGCCGGUUCCUCUGGUCGCUGCCGGCCUGCGACCACCUGCACAAGAACGAGAGCGUCCUCAAGGCCAAGGCCGUGGUGGCUUUCCACCGGGGCAACUUCCGCGAGCUCUACAAGAUCCUGGAGAGCCACCAGUUCUCGCCCCACAACCACCCCAAGCUGCAGCAGCUCUGGCUCAAGGCGCACUACGUGGAAGCCGAGAAGCUGCGGGGGCGGCCGCUGGGCGCCGUGGGCAAGUACCGCGUGCGCCGAAAAUUCCCGCUGCCGCGCACCAUCUGGGACGGCGAGGAGACCAGCUACUGCUUCAAGGAGAAGUCGCGGGGGGUGCUGCGCGAGUGGUACGCGCACAACCCCUACCCGUCGCCCCGCGAGAAGCGGGAGCUGGCGGAAGCCACCGGCCUCACCACCACGCAGGUCAGCAACUGGUUCAAAAACCGGAGGCAGCGGGACCGAGCGGCGGAGGCGAAGGAAAGGGAGAACACGGAAAACAACAACGCGGCCACCAACAAGCCGAACCAGCUCUCGCCCCUGGACGGGAGCAAACCCCUCAUGUCCAGCUCCGAGGAAGAGUUUUCGCCGCCGCAGAGCCCGGACCAGAACUCGGUGCUGCUCCUGCAGGGCAGCCUCGGCCACGCCAGGAGCUCCGGCUACGGCCUGGGCGGCCUGGCCGCCUCGCAGACCGCGCACAGCCUCCAAGGGCACCAGCUCCAGGACUCGCUGCUGGGACCCCUCACGUCCAGCCUGGUGGAUCUGGGCUCCUAGAGGGCGGCGGCGGCGGCGGCCCGCGCCGCGCGAGAGGAGCCUUACCUCGGGGAUAGAGACCCUCGGUUGUACAUAGCGGACAGCACACGGUUUUACAGCUUGCCCGGUGAUUCUUAACGGGGCUCUCGGCUCUUUUCACACGACCCCGCAUCGGCUCCUGGGCCGCUCCCUCCCCACCCCAGCGUCUCCCACUAUCACCAUUAUUAUAUUUUUUUCCACGUAGCCAAACGCAGAGAGCAGCAGAAACCCUCUUCCCUUCGAGUUCAAACGAGCUGCUCCCAGCGGGAAUUACCGAAAAAAAAAAUUAAAAUAAAAAAAAUAAAUAAACCCAGCUGGAUCCGAUUCCACCCGAAUAAAAUCCAGCCCCGCGGGCGUGGGGCAGGGACGGGCAGGGCGCAUCGCUGCCCGGCCACCGGGGCCCCGCAGGGCCGGCGCGGAGCUGGACGGAGGCAGAGGGCCGAAGCCGCUGUGCAGAGCCCUGUGUUGUAGCGGGAGGAGGGAGGGGAAGUUACGUUUACAUUUUUCAUAUUUAGAAUAUCAGAAAGAUUUCGAUGUAGUUUAAAUUAAAGGCAAAAAAAAAAAAAAAGCAAUGAAAAAGCUGCAGUAUUAGAGUUUAAACAAGUGCCUAUGUCUUAACGUGGACGUGCGAGGCGGUUAGCUAGAGAGCUCCCGUGAGCGAACGCCCCUCAGGCUUCUUUCUUUUUCGGUGGUGAAUUGCAUCGAUGUGGCUAAAAAUUAGGAGUUUAAUAAUAAUAAAAGUUGCCGGCCGUU